AUGUCUUCUCACUCUACUUCUCCUUCUGCUGCUGCUGCUGCCAACCAGGCUCUCAUCGCUCUUGUUGCCCGGCUCAAUGAGGUGGUUCAACAGGUUCUCCGGUUGCAGUCUGAGGAGGAGAAAAUGGACUUAAGCCGGCCCCAGAAUGACGCCAUUCGUGUGUAUGGGAGGGACACUUCAUAUGUUCCCCCUGGGCUGCUGUCACUCGCAGCUGAAAUCUUUCGUGCUCAGAGGCGCACCACACAAUUGGUGGAAGUACCGGAUUGGAACCGUCUUGGUAAUAAUCAGGAUAUGUGCAUGAAGCAUUCAUUGUACAGUAAGACAUUGGGUCAUGCACCUGCUGUGCCUGCGCCUACUCCUACUCCUGUUCCUGCUCCUGCCCCUCCUUCUCAACCUGCACCAGCACCAGCUCCCACACCGGCACCGGCACCUGCACCUGCACCGGCAGCUGUGCCAUCUCUCAGCAUUUGCAUUCCCAGACAUGCAGCAUCCGGUGAUAUGGCAACGGCAGGGCCGUCAAAUCGCCGGAAACGUCGACCAAGUACUAGCCCACCUUUGCCUCGGGUCAACCGGUCCCGGAAGAUUGUCCCGAAGUCGAAGGAAAUGUUGUCAGAUACUGACACUACUGACGAUGACAAGGUGAAGGGGAAGGCAAAGGCGAUGGGGAAGGGGAAGGGGAAGGCACUGGAAGAUGAGUAUAGCGAGGUUGUCGAUGUCGAUGAUCUUCUGGAUGUUGAGCCCCGGAAAUCAAUGCGAAAACCGACGAAAAAGAAGGCUGUUGCGCUGAAGGCAACUGAGCCAGUUGUCAUGGAGGAUGAUGAAGAGGACGAAUUGGAGGAUGACGAUGACGAUACACAAGGCAGGGCAAAGGCAAGUUCAUUACUUUCUUCAUGGUUACCGGCCAUUGUCAGACCAGGGAAGCGACAAAAACUGUCCAUGAAGCCCAAGGGCAAGCCCACCGGCAAGAAGGGCAAGGUCCAAGAACCGCCCCGCAUUGAUGGACCCUUUCCGCCUUGUGACAGAUGCCGGGCAAAGGCUGUGGAUUGUUGCCCCCGGUUGAUGAAGAGAGGUGAUAUCACCCCAACUUGCUCGUUGUGCAAUCAAUGGAAGAUGGCAUGCAUCUGGGGCGACCCAGCAAGCACACACAGUACCUCUGCCACCACCAUCACCCCCACUGCACCACCUGCCGCUGCAGUCGCCACUCACUCCAAGAUGAUCCGGUCCAAAGCCACCGGACAGAAGAUCAUCAGGAAAUCUAAGGGGAAAGACAAGGAUAUCCGGCAUCCUAGUCCAAUCCAAGAGGAAGAGGGCAUUGAUACUGAUGUCCAGAUGCUGGACGCCCCACAGAUGACCAGUGCCGGUGGUGCUUCAACAGCACCGGUCCCCUUGGCGUGUGCAAACGACUUCUCUCCUAAUCACUGGAAGGAACCCAGCGAGGACGUGAUUCCACCUCCAUCACCAGUCAUGGCCCCAGAGGACGAUAUCUGGUUCUCGCCAUUACCUCCUGUUUACAACCUGCCCUCCCCUGUUACGCCUUCCAGACCGGGUCAAUUCACACAGCACCCCCUCUCUCAUGACCAGAUGGAGGCCAUGUUGGCCCAAAUUCGCACUGAGAUGGAGGAGCUGCGAACACGCGAUCGGAUGGACAUUGACGUCUGGCAUGAUGGCCUGGAGCAUCGCAUGGACAUCGCAGAGGCAUGUAAUGGUGCCAUGUCUAUGAAGAUGGAUAACUUAGAGCGGGAUAUGCAUGUGCAGCAGGAACUCCUCACUGAGUACAGUGCUGAAGUAAGAGGUAUUGUCAGGUAUCUGAGGGAGCAGAGAUCCGGUCAAGCGACAGCAUCACCUCCACCGUCCUUCAAUCCACACCCUAUCACAGCCCUAGACCCAUCUAUCAGUGUAUCUUGGAUUGGUACCCAGACUGGUGGUGAUACAUUGGAUGAUGCUACAGAUGGCUUGCCGGUUGCAAGGCACAACCAGGUGCCAUCAACUUCCACCAUCAUCCCUUCAAUGAUCAUGAGGGAAUCCGGCCCGUCUGUUCCUCCGGUUGUUGCACCUCCUGUGCAAUCUCCUGUUCUCCCGGUUGCUGGGCCAUCAAAUGUGGAGGCUGGCAUGCAGUCCAUCUCAGCUCCCUUGUCACGCCCGUGA